AGGAAAGAAGCAUGGUCAGGAAGAAACAAGUGGACACUGACAUUGUUCUCUGAAGAAGUCGAAAAGGAUCACAACUCCUCCUCUUCCAAAAAAAACUAAAAUGGCGAUUUAGAAGGAACCACGUGGGGGAAAAAAAAGAGAACUGCACUGAAUUUUGUAGGAACUUUUAUUUAAGAGAUCUUGCAUUGCAAAUUUAAAAAUGGAGAAAUCACAUAGAGAAAUUCUUAAGCGUUUGAGGAAGAAUAUAAUUGAUGAUUUGGACAUAGAUAACGAUGUUUUACGACCUUUAAGAGAUGAAUAUAUCUUAAAAGAAGAAGAUAUAAAAUUUGUUUACAUGGGAGAGACUAAAGAAGCCAGAGCAGCCAAUUUGUUAGAUAUCCUACCACGAUGUGGUCCAAGUGCUUUUGAUGUCUUUCAUCAAUCGUUAAAACAUCAUUAUGAAUGGCUUAGUGAUGAAAUAGAUAUAUUGUUAGGCAAUUAUGAAAUAGAAACCAAUGGAGAAAUAGAUUAUUAUGCUGGGCCUCCUAACAUUCCACCUCUUUCUCCAUUGACAGUUACCAGAGAAGAAAAGUUAAAGAUAGCUUUACAACAAUUAACCCCUGCAGGAUACAUUGCACUACAUGGCAUGAAAGGAUUUGGAAAAUCGUGUCUAGUUGCCAGUACUCUCAAGGAUGCAAAAUUAGUGAAAGAUUUAUUUUCUAAUCAGAUCUACUGGAUUAAAUUUACAUGUGAUCGUUCAAUUGAUGAAGAAAUAUUAAUUCAAUUAAACGCACUCUAUUACAAUGUAAGAAAUUUAGAAAUCCAACCAGAAUCGUUCACUCCAUUGGGAAAAGAUAAUCUAAUUCAAUAUUUGAAACAUUAUUUUAAUAAACAAGAUAACUGCAACGCUUUAAUGAUUCUAGAUGACGUUUAUGAUAAAAAGAUUAUUAACACUUUUGACUUCAAAUGUAAAACUUUAGUUCUUACUGCUGACAUUGAUGUUGUGCAUAACAGAAAACCUAUAAUAAUACAAAUGAAUGAUGGAUUUACAGAAACUGAGACAUUAGGUUUAUUUGCCAAAGUAUUGGAAGUGAAUAUAAACGAAUUGCCUACAGAAGCAAAAAGAAUACAUGAAGAAUGUAAAGGAAUGCCGUUAUUAAUAGCUAUGUUUGCUGCACAGUUUGAAGAAUUUAAAUUCGACAUGAGUAUACAGCCUGAUAGAUGGAGAUACUACUUGAAAUCUUUGAGGAAGAAAGAUGCAACAAACAAAGUAAUGAGAGAGUUUCUAGAGAAACAAGAAACUAUUUUUGAUAUAUGUAUUGAACAACUACAACCAAACUUGAGAAAACAUUACGAGAGCUUAGCUGUUUUUUGUGAAGAUGUUAACAUAACUCCGAAGAUUUUAGAAAUUUUUUGGGAACAAAACAUAUUUCAAGUUGAGGAAUUGAUGUUGGAUUUGUGCCAUAAAUCACUUGCAGCCAAAAAGUGGAACAAGGAUUUAAAAACUUAUAUCUAUGGUGUACAUGAUUUGCUACUAUCCCAUCUUAGAAACAAACGAACUCCCGAUGAAUUGAUACAAAUGCACAAGUCUAUUAUUAAAAAAUACCGCAAAUAUUGUAAUAAUGAUUUUUCAAAAUUGCCAGAUGAUAAUUAUAUUUACUCAUAUAUCGGUUAUCAUUUGGAGCAAGCACAAAUGUUCGAGGAAUUUCCGCAACUUUACUUAAAUUUUGACUUCAUUCAAGCUAAAUUAAUACAUGCGAGCGUGAAUGAUGUAUUGCUAGAUUUGAGAAAAUAUAGAAAAUACAUUACAUUAGACUAUACAGACGCUUAUGUGAAGAAGAUCUCUGAUAUAGAAAGAUUUCUUCAAGAGCAAGCAAGGAUUAUAGUAGAACAUAAACAUAAAAAAUGUUUAGAUAUCAUUCAAAUCGCAAUGGAUUAUCCACAUGAGGGCUACAUUACGCAAACUGCAAAAAAUCUAGCCGUAACAAAACGAGAACAUUUGUAUUUAUCUCAUAAGAAAAGUUUCCAAUAUGCCAAUAUGCCGUUGACUGAGGAAAUAUCAACGGAUAUUUGCACAUCAUCUUUCACAGAUGAUCCUGACUUAAUCUUGACUGGGAGUACAACGGGUAAAGUAAUUCUGUGGGACUCUAAAAACAAGCAUCAAAAAAUCUUCAAUGGUCACAGAGAAGGAUAUUCUAUAAAAAAAAUUAUUGUGUCUGCGGCUGGUGAUUAUUUCUUAUCGUUAAGCAGUGAUGGUAUACUGAAGUUAUUCUCUCUGACCAUAAAUGAGAACAAUGAAAUAUGUGAUCAGCCUUGGGAUAUGCACGUUGGGAGCCCACGGCUGAAACAGAAUUCACACUCUUUCUUUUUUACAAACUUGGAUGGUCAGGAUGAUAGCUUAACAAAAUUCUGGGUGGAAAAUGAAAUUAUAAAGGACAUGGCAUUUGGUCACGAAGACCAAUACAUUGCUGCAUGCACUGACAAAGCAACGAUUCAGAUAUGGGACCGAUAUGGAAAAAUAGUGUUUACUUUGAGGGACUCUAAAUAUCAGUACAUACCGAAAAUAGCUUUUACGGCGAAUGCUUCUUUACUACAUAUAAUGGACGAGUUAAAGGGUGCUUUUGUUUUGUACUCGAAUUGUGGGAAUGACUAUACUACUUAUCGCUAUCUCGCUUGUUAUAAUCUGCAGUUAAAAUCUGCAGCUGAAGAAGUCAUCUUUUUUCAUCAUAUACCCAAGCGUGACAAUUCGUUGAUGGUGAUUACUAAGAAGGAAGCCAUGUACGUAAAAUGGUGGUGGGGUGAAGAUUGUGUGCAUAGUUUCAACAAGCAGACGAAAGGGUACGUCGAUAAUGAUGCAGUGACUUAUGUAUGCGCAACUAUUACAUACGAUGGUGAAUACAUAAUAUUGGCUGAUUCUGCGGGUUUUAUAAAUGUAUGGAAUACCUAUUCUGGAUAUCAACCAAUUGCAACUUAUAAAAGUCGUGUCUUAUCUUUGGAUUCUUACUGGUUGAGAGACGAAGGUUACCACAUUAUAUGUGGAAAUGGAAAUAGGAUGUUAUACAGAUGGGAACUCCCAGUACAGGAAUCAGAUGAUUUACCAAGGAAAUGUUUAUUUGACGCUGUUGUUGAGCCUUACGACAAAAUGGACAUUGUAGUUAAAGAGAGCUCUUCAAAGAUUAUAGUGUCAAAUGGAGAAAAUAUAAUAGAAUUACAAUUUAUAGAAGGAAAGAUAUUAAAUUUGCAGCUGUCCGCCGAUGGAAAGAAAGCAAUAUAUGUUACGGACCAUCAAAGAAUUGAGUUGUUUGACACAACAACUGGAAUAAUCGAGCUCAGCGGAAUGUUAGAUGAGCCAAUCCAGUUUGUAAAAACUAUCAAUUUAUAUAAUUGUAACAUGGUAUUAUGCAGAUUGAAAGACAAUAACUUGAAGAUAUGGCAACACUUUAAAUCAGGAACUGAUACAAAAGUAUUUGGAAUCGAUACUAAAACAGAAGCCAUUAAUGAUGUUCAUAUAAUAAACGGCAAUCAUGCCGUAGCAAUAACGCAGAAUGGCACGAUAACAAUAUGGCAUAUGCAUAAUGUGCCUUGGCAACUAAUAAGCCAAGUAAAUCUACUUAAUCCGCUUUCACACAUUUCAUUCAGUUGUUUAAGCUACAAUCAAACUUACUUAGCAAUUUUGAAUGAAUCGUGUCGUUUAACAUUAUUAUACAUUAACUAUGAUGACACAGCGGCAUCGUCGACGUGUAUAGAAAUUGAUGAACGGCCAUGUUUUACGCAUAUUUUUGCACAGAAAACGACUUGUUGUGAUAUUUCAAAAAAUGAACGAUAUAUCGCCGUUGGUUUUGAAUCGGGACAAAUUUCUAUUAUCGACAUACAGAAGCAAUCUGAGAUCAAUCUGUUAUCUUUCCACGCUAAUUCCAUUACGCAAUUGAGUUGGGCUCCAGUUAACAUAGAUAUUCCAAUUUUAUUGUCAUUGACAAGCGAUGAAAUAGUUUGGUGGAAUGUUGCUCUAGCAAAAAACAACACGAGAAGAAACCUAAAGAUUAUACGAAGAAGUCGAAUGGGCAUUACCCGCAGUAUAAGUACUCCUUCGUUCAGUACGAAUACAUUUUUCGAUCCACAAAUGUCAAACAGUCGAAGCAUAGAUGUCGGUGUAUCGAAUUUACAAAACGAUAAAACAUCGAGUGCCAGCAUUACGAAUAUCGUUAACAGUACAACUGAAUAUUGGAAAAAUAAAAUAGGCAAAAAUCCCGAAGUACCAGAAUUACUAGCGGUUGUCGAAUUACCACCAAGCCGUAAUCCAAAAGUAUGUAUUUCUCCAGAUUUCACUAAAUUUGUUACGGUUGACAUGUACGGAUCUGUCAAUACAUUUAAACUGAUUGAUUAUACUAGUUCUAUCUCGAGUAUAGACUGAUUAUAAAAUUAAUUAUUGCUAUAUUGCAUUGCAAUAUAGAUGGAUAUAUCGUAGAAAAUUAAAAGACGAAACUAUAUGUUAAUACAUAGUUUGAAUAGAAAUAUGUCAAUACAUAGUUCGUCUCUACAUGUAUGCCUCAUUUCUAUUGAUAGAAAAUUGUAGGCUUGAUAUACAAAUAUACAAUGAUAUAGAUUGAAUUAAAGGGCACAAAUUAAUGUGUCAUCUUAAUGAUCAUAUAUAUAUAUAUAUAUUAGGAGACAUGUUUUAUAUUGCCACACAUGUGCUCAAACUGAAGUUGAUGAAAAGUAUAUAUCUAUUUAUAGUAAUGUCCUUUACUGCCACUUGCAUUUAACAAAAAGUUAACUCCAAUUUAUUACUUAUG